CCCCGAAUAAAACCAAGUAACGUCGAGCAUCGUGAUUAAACUCGUUGUCCGAAAUCGAAAAAAAUUGCUUUGCAAAUUUACAAACACCUGUUUUGGUCGUCCAGACGUAUCAGUGCAUCGAGAUUAUCAUCGAACAACUUUCAACAUGCGCGAGACAAUGCGCAACGGUCCGCCGGUGCGCCGCAGCAUGCAUCCAGCGGCAGAAGAUCUGCAGUCAGUAUUCGACGACUUUAGUGAAAAGCCAGAGAGCGAGGGUGACCUCACAAGCAAUCGCACUACAAGCCGAGAUACAGAGACCAGACCCCAGAUUGCAGAAAAGAGGCGCUCGAGUGCGCAUGAUGACGAUCCAUUUGGAGACGAAGGAGAAAACGAAGUUAAGUACCGGACUUUGAGGUGGUGGCAAGCUGGACUCAUCAUGAUUGCGGAGACUAUAUCUCUUGGUGUUCUCUCUUUGCCGUCUGUUCUUGCGACUAUUGGGUUCGUACCUGGUAUCAUUCUCAUCAUUGCCAUGGGAUCGCUAGCUACGUACACUGGCUACGUACUCGGCCAGUACAAGGCGGCGUAUCCGCGAGUCCAUAACCUUGCAGAUGCGCUGGAGGUCAUGUGGGGACCUUUUGGACGAGAGUUCGGCGGCGCUGCGCAAACCAUCUUCCUGGUAUUCGUGAUGGGCUCGCACAUCUUGACGUUCACCAUUGCGAUGAACGCCAUCACCGAAAACGCGACCUGCAGCAUCGUCUGGGGCGUCGUUGGUUUUGUGGUCCUUUGGAUCUUCACUCUUCCGCGAACACUGAAGAAAGUUUCGUACCUCAGCAUCGCCUCGUUUAUCUCCAUCUGCGGCGCGGUCUUCCUAGCUAUGAUCGCGCUAGGAGUUGAUCCAAAGCCAAACCUCAGGCUCGCCGCUACGUACUCACCGAGCUUUGCACCAGCUUUCUUGGCGGUAACCAACAUCAUCUUUGCAUAUGCUGGUCACGUAGCUUUCUUCUCUUUCAUCUCCGAGUUCCGGGACCCGAGUGAGUUUCCGAAAGCACUUUUCAUGCUGCAAGCAAUCGAUAUCACGAUGUAUCUGGUUGUCGCCAUUGUAGUAUACCGUUACGCUGGUGUGGACGUUGCCAGUCCUGCGCUAGGAAGCGCAAGUAAAGUUGUCGUAAAGGUCGCGUACGGCAUCGCGCUGCCUACGAUCCUUCUGGCUGGCGUGAUCUACGGCCAUGUAGCAGCCAAGUACAUCUAUGUACGCAUCUUCCGUGGAACACGCCACAUGGGCUCUCGUACCUGGCUGGCCAUUGGGUCGUGGGCUGGUAUCACCCUGACGCUCUGGGUGAUCGCGUGGAUCAUUGCUGAGAGUAUUCCCAAUUUCAACUCCCUGCUUGGACUGAUAUCUGCGCUGUUCGCUUCCUGGUUCACCUACGGAAUGAGUGGUAUCUUUUGGCUGUACCUCAACCGGGGCAACUACACUGCGAAUUGGAAGAAGAUCAGUCUGACGGCGUUAAACUUUGCUACUUUCUGCAUUGCCGCUGCCAUAUGUGGUAUCGGACUGUAUGCGAGUGGAAAGUCAAUUCAUGACUCUCAGACAGGCGCAUCCUGGUCUUGUAGUCGAUCCUGA